GUAGCAGAACAUGGCAGACUUGAAGAAAAUAGCUUGUGAUUACAUUGAUGAGUUAACUGUUGAUCUUGGAUCUUUGAGCGAUGAUAUUUGGAACCACCCCGAAUUAGGCUAUAAAGAAUACCAUGCACAUGAUGUCAUUUCAAACUUUCUAGAGGAGCGAGGAUUUCAAGUAGAAAGGAAGUACAAACUUGAGACCAGUUUCUGUGCCAGGUUUGGACAUAACUUAUCUGAUGAUCUUCCCCACGUGGCGGUGUUGUGUGAGUAUGACGCUCUCCCGGGGAUCGGUCACGCGUGUGGACAUAACCUGAUAGCUGAAGUGGGCGUGGCAACAGGCCUGGCCAUCAAACAAGCAUUGCAAAGAGCUGACAAACCCUUAGGCAAGUUGACAGUGCUUGGUACACCAGCAGAGGAGGGUCUGUGUGGUAAGGAUGAUCUGAUCAAGGGUGGAGCCUUCGAGGGAGUUGAUGCUGCAAUGAUGGCACACCCCUCCCAGUUUACACUGUCAAAACCCAACUAUGUCUCAAUGACUCCUGUGACGAUAACCUACAGGGGUCAGGCCGCCCAUGCCUCCUCGUACCCCUGGGAGGGCCUGAACGCCCUGGAUGCAGCCGUUCUCUGCUAUAACAACAUUUCAUGUCUUCGUCAACAAAUGAAACCUACCUGGCGCGUUCAUGGUGUGAUAAGUAAGGGAGGUCUCCAGCCCAACAUCAUACCAGAAGAAACCGAACUACAGUAUUAUCUCCGAACCCCGACAGAACCGGAACUCAAAGUGCUAAUAUCAAAGGUCAACAACUGUAUCAAAGCUGCUGCCCUAGCAACAGGUUGUGAGACGGACUUCAAAUAUUCAGACAAACAUUAUUUUUCACUGUUGUCCAAUGCUACAAUGGCUGCCACUUUUGAAGAGAACGCGAAGUCAGUUGGAGUAGCAUUUGAACAGAAAGAUGAGUUAAUCAGGAAGUUUGGGGGAUCUACGGACAUGGGGAAUGUGUCCCACGUAGUACCAAGUAUCCACCCAAAGUUCUACAUCGGAACCAAGGCCAGUAACCAUUCAAAGCCCUUCACAAAAGCUGCAGGUGACCCUAUGGCCCAGCCAUACACACUGGCAAUAGCUAAAGGACUGGCUAUGACAGCUCUGGACAUCUUCACAAAACCAGACCUCCUGUCUACCAUAAAGGCCGACUAUCAUAAAGACGUCGGUGAACAAGCUUAGACUGACAAUCAUACAAAGAUUAUAGUACAUUGUGGAAAAGGUUUUAAUCAGAUUGAUAUGUGAUAGGACAUAUACAGCAUUAACAAUUUACUAUUUAUACCGAUGAUUUUUAUGACAUUUUGGAUCGAUGUGAAAUCAGUUGCAUUUAUUCUGAUUCAAAAUAUUUAUUAUUACACAGUAUUUAUAGCUUACUUAUGCCAAAGAACUGAUGAGCUUAUCCCACGGUGGGACUCAAUAGGGGAAGUAUACAUGUGAUAUCUAAGUGUGUUUUUGAAUUUGCUGUGAAUUAUCACAGGAGCCAGGAAAUCAAAUGCUUGAUUUAUAACUUUACUGUAAGUGAGUGUUUCGAAGAGAUUGCUGAAAUAUCCAGGCGAACCAUACAGGCCCUAUGGGCCUUUCGUUCUUACUCGGAUUGCAACCAAGCUUGAUCUGUGAAAAAGCUUGGGUACACAUAUAUUAGUAUUCCAGAGCUUUAUUGUCAUUAUAAAUUCAGCAUUUUGAACCGCGUGACAUUUGUCAUCAUUCCCUGGAUCUGUAUAUUGCUUAUCAAUGGCCGAUAUUUCUGUAGUGAUUGUUUUGUCUGAUUUUAUACAAAUAAGCAUUAGUAUACCAUAGAUCAAAGUGAUGUAGGUGUCAGACCCGAGGAUAAUAUUUUAUUCAGGGUCAAAGGAAUGUGUUGGUGUAGAUAUUCAGUUGCAAUUUGCAAUAUUGACUGACAAUCAGAUUACUGUACAAAUCUAGUCAGAUUUUUUUUAUUGCUUUUUAGAUUUAAAGGUUGUAGUGUAUAUUGGAUAGAUAAUUCCAGGAUUAAGAGAUUUAUACUAACUGCUUAAAAAAAGGUGUCUCUUCUAUAGAGGAUUGGACCUAAAAUAGGAAAUAGGGUGUUACUGUUCAGAAGGUUAAUACAAACACUACUAAACUAGUCACCAUUAACUGGCAAUGAAAACCCCAUGAACACAAACCAUUAAUAAGCAAUGACUGCUAAUUACCAUUAAAGGUGUGUUUAAUGGGUAACCCAUUGAAUUAGAUUAAGUUGAAAAUUAAAGUUAGUGGCUUCCCUUAGAGUAGUAUUGAAUACAGGAAUUAGAAUAUAUAUUUUUCGAAUUUUUUCUUUUUUGCUCAAGGUCAAAUGAGCAUUGGUAACGAAAAUUAAGGCAGCAGAUCAGUGAAUAAGCAUUUAUUUAUUUGAAAUCUGUGAUGUCAGUUCUGACCUCUUCUGACCAAAGGAAUUUCUACUGUUAAACAGCCCAAUUUGUCAAAACUUUGAUAACAUGUUUAUCGAAAUGGCCUUGGGAAAAUUACAUUAUAUGUUAAUUUUUAACCAUGUGCUAUUUCUUCUCUACAUUUUGCCUGCUAGUGAUUACCAUAUUUGUUCUCAUAAUUCUUUGUUUUCUUAAACAGUACUUGUUAUAAUUUUUGAUCAAAUCAAAGUUUGAAAUAACACUACAUAAUUCGUCUUGUGUUAUUUUACAAUUCUGAUGAGAUAUACACAAAUCAUUUAAAAAAUCAUAUAAUUAUUCAAGUGUUACUUUUAUAAGGUGUUAUUUGAAUUCUUUGGACUGUUCGGAAUUAUGAAGUUUUUGUUAGUAUUCAUCUCAUUUUCCUGACUUUUUAACGAAUGUACCUCUUGUGUUUACUUUUAGGUAACAUAUAUACCCUCAAAUGCUUUCAUGGAAAUAUGAAUGCCACUGGAUCCAUAGCGACUUGGCACAAAUUUCCUAUUGCCAGUCGAUAUAUCAGGGUUGGGAAUUUGUGUCAAGUCCCUGUGCCUGAAUAUUAUAGAGUUGUAUUGUAUAUUCUGGACAGAACUCAGGGAAUCAGUAAGUAUACGGGAGUGUACCUAAGGGUAUUUGUAUAUCCUCAUAUGAUUUACAGCUGGUAUUGUUUGUAUGUGAUAUUUUUGGAGUGUUCCUUUUGUCAUUUGAAUACAUUUUUUGUUGAAAUAAACAGGUUCAGUAACAAA